CAGGUUGUGUUAAAGUCAAACUUUGCUGAUGUGAGCAGAGCUUGUUAACAUGAAACUCACUGGAAUCAUUUGCAUCCAGGAGCGCUAUGGAGCAGUUUUCAACAUGGAGGAGGAGAAACUGUUACCUGUGUCUCAUAAUGGAAGGCAGCAUUUCACUGACAGAAAACUUAUACUGAGUGGAGUAGCAAAACCCUGGCGCCAAACCUCUAACUCCAAAGUGAACAGAAAUGCUGGGGCACUGAAUGCAAAAAGUAUGAGAGCAGUGGUGACAGGAGGUGGAGGCUAUUUUGGAUACAAGCUGGGAUGUGCUCUUGCCAGUGCAGGAGCUUCUGUUGUUCUGUAUGACAUACACAAACCUAUCUGGGAAAUUCCCAAUGGAGUAGUGUGUAUCCAGGCAGAUAUCAGGGAUUACGAUGCCAUGUUUGCAGCCUGUGAAGGAGCUGACUGUGUGUUUCAUGUAGCUUCAUAUGGAAUGUCAGGAAGAGAGCAAUUACACAGAGAAGAGAUUGAAACUGUAAACAUUCAUGGAACAAGAUUUGUCAUUGAUGCCUGCAAACAAAGGAACAUCACUAGGCUGAUAUACACCAGUACAGUAAAUGUGGUGUUUGGAGGGCUUCCUAUUGAAGAUGGUGAUGAAGAAACUGUGCCAUAUUUUCCAGCUGAAAAGCAUGUCGAUCAUUAUUCCAGAACCAAAUCAAUUGCAGAACAAAUGAUACUGGCAGCUAAUGGAACUCCACUAGCAGGAGGUGGAAUACUGUAUACGUGUGUUCUUCGCCCACCAGGAAUCUAUGGACCAGAAGAGCAAAGACACUUGCCAAGGCUAGCAAAAAAUAUUGAGAGAGGUCUGCUAAGCUUCAAGUUUGGGGAUCCUUCUGCUAAAAUGAACUGGGUGCAUGCAGACAAUCUUGUACAAGCUCAGAUUCUAGCUGCUGAAGCUCUCACCCCUGAAAAGGACUACAUAGCUAGUGGCCAGGUGUAUUUCAUUAAUGAUGGUGAAAACUUCAACCUUUUUGAAUGGUUAACUCCACUUUUUGAAAGAUUAGGUUGCAGUAAACCAUGGAUACGUAUUCCUACUUCCUUAGUUUAUGGAUCAGCCAUGAUGAUGGAAUACCUUCACCUGAUGCUGAAGCCAUUUGUUGAACUGUCCCCACUGCUGACCAGAAACGAGGUGCAGAACAUUUCUAUAACUCACACAUUCCGAAUAGACAAGGCCCGGAGCCAGCUGGGGUACAGCCCCGAGAAGUUUGCAUUUGCUGAUUCCGUUGACCACUACAUUAAAACCAGACCAGAAGCCCAGAACCAUCACAUCUUCCUCAAAGUUUUCAGUUUUUUAAUUUUUAGUUUAAGUUUGCUUUUUGUUUCUCUAAAAUUUGAUGGUCUUUCAGUUUUGCAUUUUUUUAAAGAAAUGCAACACUGA